AUGUGGCGCCCACUGUUGCUCCUCCAGCUUAUCCUCCAGUUCCUCUGCCUUGGCCUGGCCAAAGGACAGAUCCAGCCCAGAAUCGUGGGCGGCAGCACCACCACCCUGUCCGCGGUGGGUGGCUUCAUGGUGAACCUGCGCUACGACGGAACGUUCUACUGCGGUGGCUCCCUGGUGAGCAGUCGGCACGUGGUCACGGCGGCCCAUUGCCUCAAUGGCAGGUCGGCCUCGCGGAUGACCGUCCAGGGCGGAGUAAGCAAGCUGAGCCAGACGGGCGUGGUGCGCCGCGUGGCCAAGUACUUCAUCCCGAAUAGCUUCAGCACCUCCAGCCUCAACUGGGAUGUGGGCGUCAUCCGGAUGCAGAGCACCCUCACGGGCAGUGGGAUCACCACCAUACCACUUUGCACAGUUCAGUGGACCGCGGGCGACUACAUGAGGGUCUCUGGAUGGGGAACCACCCGAUAUGGUAACUCCAAUUCCUCCAACCAGCUGCGCACUGUGCGCAUCCAGCUGAUCCAAAAGACGACGUGCCAGAGGGCCUACCAGAACAGGGACACCCUCUCCGCCGCCGCCUUCUGCGCCCGCUCCAAUGGCAGGGACAGCUGCACCGGCGACUCUGGAGGCGGAGCCAUCUUCAACAACCAACUAUGUGGCAUUGUCUCCUGGGGACUGGGCUGCGCCGAUUCCAAGUAUCCUGGCGUCUACACCAGUGUCCAUCGGACGCGCAGCUUCAUCGUCAACGCCAUGAAGAAGUAG